GCGGCUGCAGCAGCUAGCAGCCUCGUCUGACUGGAGGAAGUGUGUUGAGGGUUGAUGGGAGCAGAGCUUCCAUUUUAACACGGCCUGCAGCAGCCAACAGCCAGUAGUAGGAGCCAGCAGCAACAGCCAGUAGUAGGAGCCAGCAGCAACAGCCAGUAGUAGGAGCCUGCAGCAACAGCCUGGGAGGGAGCAGCAACAGCCAGUAGUAGGAGCCAGCAGCAACAGCCAGUAGUAGGAGCCAGCAGCAACAGCCAGUAGUAGGAGCCAGCAGCAACAGCCAGUAGUAGGAGCCAGCAGCAACAGCCAGUAGUAGGAGCCAGCAGCAACAGCCAGUAGUAGGAGCCAGCAGCAACAGCCUGGGAGGGAGCAGCAGUGGGGGCAGCAGAGCCUGAACAAAGUGAGCUCACAGAAGAAGUGCCUCUAAUCACCGCAUUCCAGCAGAGGAGAGCCAGUCAACUUCCUCUAAGCCUGUGUGACGGGCAGAGAGCUAUUUUACUCGUCUUCACCUGGACUGGACUUUACCCACCUCUCCCUAGCAGUGUCUGACUGACGAAGGAUUUUAAAUAAAGGAGGAAAAUAAAAGUGACUUUCUUUGGUUCUAAAACGGAAGAAGACCCAGAUGUGAAGAUGGAGGAGGGAUACGAACUUGACCUGACUUACGUGACGGAGCGCAUUAUCGCUGUGUCCUUCCCCCGGGCAUGCUCAGAGGAGAUCUACUUUCACAACCUGAAGGAUGUCACACGGAUGCUCAAGUCCAAGCACGCUGAUAACUACCUGAUUAUCAACCUGUCGGAGAAGAGACAUGAUCUCUCUAAAAUGAACCCUAAGACUCUGGACACAGGCUGGCCUGACCUGCAUGCUCCUCCUCUGGAUAAGAUCUGUACCAUCUGUAAGGCCAUGGAAAACUGGCUCAAUGCUGACCCUCUACACGUGGUGGUCAUACACUGCAGGGGUGGGAAAGGCCGAAUUGGAGUGGUCAUCUCAUCAUUUGUGCAUUUCACCGACAUAUCUGCCAGUGCUGAUCAGGCCCUGGACCGCUUUGCAAUGAGGAAGUACUACGACGACAAGGUCUCAGCAUUAAUGACACCCUCUCAGAAAAGGUACGUUUGGAUCCUGAACAGUCUCCUGAGUGGGUCGAUGAAAAUCAACGCCUCUCCACUGUUCUUGCAUUGCAUCAUUCUACGUGGGAUACCAAACUUUGACACUGCAGGAGUGUGUCGGCCAUACCUGAAAGUCUACCAGGGAAUGCAAGCUGUCUACUCCUCGGGGGUCUAUCACAUUGGGCCUGGACACAGAGACAGGAUAUGUAUCAGUCUGGAACCUGCUCAGAUGUUAAAGGGAGACAUCAUGGUGAAGUGUUACCAUAAGAGUGAUGUCACUUUGGAGCGCGAGGCGAUCUUCCGGCUCCAGUUCCACACAGGAGCAGUGCAGGGCUACAACCUGGUGUUCGAAAAAGAAGACAUGGAGACUGCCAAUACAGAUCACAGAUUUCUGGCUUACGGGAAAGUGGAGCUGGUGUUCUCUGAGGGCCCGGAGAAAAUCCCAGGUGCAGAGCGCUGGCAGAACGGGGCAGACAUAAGUGUGGACUACAACACAGCCGACCCUCUGACACGAUGGGACUCUUACCAGAACAUAAUUGACGCGGAAGUGCCCCGCUCUCAGGGACUGGCCCAGGAUAAAGCCUCCCCAUCCAAAAGGAGCCCUAACGGGGAAGGAUCCACCACCGUGACCCUGGCCCGUGGAGCCCACCAAGCCACUUCUACCACCAGCAGUCCCGACCACAGCGACCACGCCCUGUCAGCCAGCAGCGACUCAGGCCUGUCCAGCACCUCUCUGUGGACUGACAAAUCCCCAGCCCCCAUCACCACAACCACCAGCUCCAGGCCCCAGCAAGGCCCCAGCCGUCAGGAGAAGGCCCAGCUGAAGCGCCUGCUGAGCGGGUUCGGCCUGGAGGAGAUGUCUGAGUGCGGAGGAGGGGGGCCAGGAGUGAUGACCAUACAGAAACGGGCCCCAGCCCAGGUGCAUGGCAACGGGGACCUGCGGCCCCCCAGGGAGAGGGAGACGGACAUCCUGGAUGAUGAGGUCCUCCUGUCGGGUCACGACCUGCGCAGCGUGGACAGCCUCGGGACCCUGUCGUCCUCCUGCCACAAGAGCAGCCAGAACUCCUUGCUUUCAGAUGGCUUCGGUAGCCCUGGGGGAGAGGAGCACCAGCUCCACCACCACCAACCCCAGCACCACCACCCAGCCCCGGCCACAAUGGAGGAGUACGAGAGAGCCUACGCAGAGGCCCGGAGGAGCUGCUUUGGCCAGAGGAGUGCCUCGGUCUCCACCCCCGCCACCGCCAUGCCGAUGCCCAAGCAGCAGGUCUACCGGCAGGGCAGCUACUCCACACACACCUGGGUGCGCCAACAGCAGAUGGUAGCAGCCCAUCAGUACGCCUACCUGCAGGCCGAGGAGGGUGAGGAGAGGGAGAGGUACCCAGGGGACAACAAACCACAAGGGGGAAGCCCACCCAAACCUCCAACCCCUACAGUGUCACAACAAGGACCCGUGCUGAGUAUGAACACUGCUGCCUUGAGAACGGUGGUGGCACCACAGACACACAACGAGCAGCCUCCUGCAGUCGUCAACGAUAACAACAACAGCCGAGACGAAGAGUUCAACUCUUUGACUGUGGACAUUGAUAACUCCAUCGACCAGCUCAACCAGUUGAUCAUGGACCUGGACCCCACGUUCGUGCCUGUCCCCACACGCUCCAGCUCGGUCAAGAGGAACGGCGGGGAGCAUGUGAAUGGCUCAGCCACCACAAACGCCACCUCCACCACCUCCACCCGGUGCCCCAACGGAGUCAGUCCCAGAGUCACAGAGAACAGUAAAGCCGCACUGCAAAGCACACAGCCGUCAGCUGCCCCAUUGUCCGUUGGGGACGUCAAAGUGGACUCCAUGCAGAGUCGGCAGGACAUUGAUGUCACAGAUCGCCCAGGAUUCGGUGGCUCACGCUGGGGCGUGCAGGAGGAGUACAAGAGCACACGGACCUACUCACCCUGCGUACCUCACUCCCAGCAUGGCAUGCUGUUCAGGAGUGACAGUGUGGACUACAGAGCUCAGGGUCCAAAGAUGGACAGCGGAGUGGAGGCUGGUAGUGACGUGACUCCUCCUACUCCUGCCUUCCCCAUCUCUCCCCCUACACCUUAUGUGAAAAACAUGGCGGAAUUCACUCACCUGAGGCAAACUCCGUCUCCCAGCAUGCAAUCAUAUGGAGCUUACAGGACGGAGCAUGAGCCCAGAGGUUACUUAGAGAUGAUUGGUCAUGUUCCCCAGUCCGCAGAAGAGGGCCUUCCAGACUCUUCCCCCAGCUGCCAUAGGUCCUUCAGCUCCUCUCGCUCGGCGUUCAUUAGUGGGAUGCCACAACGGACAGACAGCCCCUCCAUGGGUCAGCCCUGGCCAGAGGACAGAGCCCUCCAUCCCCACUCCAUGUCCUUGGACUACAGCCACCACUCCCCUCCCAUGCACCCCCAACCCCACACUCACCCUGCGCCCAACGCCCACAGCUCCCCCCGGGGCAGCCAGCAGAGCCACAUGGCACACUAUGGCCUCACCCACAGCCUUGCGCACAGCUUUGACGUGCAAGACAACUUAGGCCUGGGGGGCUAUGGCGCAGUCGACAGCCCACCCUCUGCCUCUCCUCUACUGGGGAACGGAGGCAUGGAGAGGGGCCUGUCCUGUAUGGGUUCCGGUUCCAUGGAUGGGCUGGGCACCAUCCGGACCCAGCACCUGCCACAGCUGCAGCAGCUCCAGGCCCAGGGUGCCUUGCCUCCACUGCUGCCUGAGAAGAGGAGGGAGUCGGACGGGGAGCACUCCUUGGGCACAGCCUCCCCAGCCCCUAGCGGAUUCUCCAGCCCACAUAGCGGAAGCUCCCUCAGUAUCCCAUUUCCCAACAUCCUGCCUGAUCUCUCAGCCUCUGCACAGAUGCCGGGCACCGCUUCACCUCUGCCAGAUGUCCUGGCCAGCAAGCAUGUGACUGUAAACUUUGUGCAAGACACAUCGAAAUUCUGGUACAAGCCUGAUAUCUCCAGGGACCAAGCUAUCUCAGUCCUGAAGGACAAGGAGCCCGGAUUUUUCAUAGUACGGGACAGCCACUCCUUCAAAGGAGCCUAUGGGCUGGCCAUGAAGGUGGCCACACCCCCUCACUCAGUCCUGCAGCAGAGCAAGAAAGGUGAUCUGUCCAAUGAGCUGGUCCGUCACUUCCUGAUUGAGUGUACACAGAAAGGAGUUCGGUUGAAGGGCUGUCCCGAUGAGCCCUACUUUGGUAGUUUAACUGCGUUGGUGUGUCAGCACUCCAUAACUCCCUUGGCUCUGCCCUGCAAACUCAUCAUACUUGACAGAGAUCCUCUUGAAGACGUGGUGGAGAAUACUGCUCCACAAUCUGUCACCAACUCUGCUGCUGAGCUCCUUAAACAAGGAGCAGCGUGUAAUGUGUGGUUCCUGGGCUCAGUGGAGAUGGAGUCUCUGACCGGGUACCAGGCUGUGCAGAAGGCCACCAGUGUAACAUUGGGCUCAGACCCCCUGCCCACCUCCACCGUGGUCCACUUGAAAGUCUCCUCACAGGGAAUCACCCUCACCGACAACCAGAGGAAGUUGUUCUUCAGAAGGCAUUAUGCAGUGACCACUGUCAUCUUCUGUGCAUUGGACCCUCAAGAUCGGAAGUGGAAAAAAGAUGGCUGCACUUCAGCAAAGAUCUUUGGCUUUGUGGCGAGGAAGACGGGCAGUGGGCAGGACAACGUGUGCCACCUGUUCGCCGAGCACGACCCCGAGCAGCCCGCCAGCGCCAUCGUCAACUUCGUCUCCAAGGUGAUGAUUGGCUUCCAGAAGACCAAGUAGCGCUGCAACGCUGCUAGCUCAUUGGCUAGUGGGGCUGUUUCUAAAACUUAAAACCGUACAACCCUCAACCUGAAGGUUAUGAGCCAGGACUUGGACAGGAAGGCAGUGGAACAGAGUUCCAUCCACAGAACUAGAAUGGGUUUUGCGAGAUACUAUUUCAAUGGUUACACUACCUAAGAAUGGGAUACAAUUGAUAACCAUAAUCUUGAGGCGAAAGAAACGCACACCUAUUUAGGCGAGGUGCUGGCUAGCGGAGUGGAACACUUAAAAAAAAGUAAAGGAGAGCCGCACACUCUAGGAGCUCAGAUGCAAAAAUAUUUAUGUCCAACGUUUCGACAGACAAGCUGUCUUCAUCAGGGCAGCACUCCAUCACUUGUCUGUCGAAACGUUGGACAUGAAUAUUUUUGCAUCUGAGCUCCUAGAGCGUGCGGCUCUCCUUCUCCUUUAUACAAUUGGCAACGAGCAUGAAAAGACUUACAAGUUACAACUCCACAACCUAUCCCAAGUCAUCUCCUGCUUACAACACAGAGGGAACUGUGGACCAUCAGCAGGACAGGAGACUCAUUGAGAUCUUUCAUUGAGUCGAAUGAAAACUCAGAACUCCUUUGCCAUCAUUUUCUAACAGACUCUUUCCUUAUGAUGAUAAUUAGGGGUUUGUCUGGAAGGAAAAAGAGAAUAUACAACAGCUAUGUUAUAAGAUGUGUAUUUCAUUUGUAUGUAUCAUUGUAGAACUAAUACAGAUGUUUGCAUUUCUGUCUCGAAAGGGCUUACAGUUUUAUGUAUCCCAAAUCUUUACAAGUUAGUUACAUAUUCCUAUUCUCAACAUGCUAUGUAUGAUGUGAUACUAUACUAAAGUUAGUUACAUAUUCCUAUUUUCAACAUGCUCUGUAUGGUGUGAUACUAUACUAUACUAUAGGGAAGCAUAGAAGCCUGGCAUGUAAGGGUUUUGUCAUGUUUAAUAUUUAACCAAAAAUAAAUCAACUAUAUAAAGCAUUAUUCAAGCUAUUAAAAACAGUACUAAAAAAAAUACUGUAAAUCAUAACUUCUCCUUAUGUUAUCAAAAACUUUAUUUUUGUAAACGCAUCAUAUACUAUUUGAAAAGUAAUACCUAUUGACUUUAUGUUAGAACAAAAAAAUAUAAAUAUUUCCCCUAAACUAAUGUUUCACCAUCCCAAUCAUUUAUCUUAAAUUUGGAUAUUGCUCAACUCUGGAUAUGCAUGCGAAUUAAAACCACCAUCAAAGCAAUAACACACAAAAAUGUAAAGAUCUGGAAGGGGAGCGUUGGAAUGAAUCAGACCACAGAAAAAUAUGAUAUAUGUAAACCCUAAUAUAUUCUAUGAUUCCUUUAUAUCAUUUGUCAAUUACAUGUACUUUGAACUCGUGUACUACUUCGUUCAGUACUGCUUUGUCUGGAAGAUUGUUUUAAAAUGGAUACAUUUCUGUAUGUUUUUCCUUUGGCUAGUCUCAAAUAAGUGUUUAAAUUGACUAUUUGGUGAUAUAUUAUUGGCACUAACUAUAUAUUGAAAUGUCUCAGUGUUAAAAUAUAUACAGUACACUGAGUGUACCAAACAUUAGUAUUGAUUAAUAUUCAAAUGUAGUUGCACCCUCCCCUUUAGCCCUCAGAACAGCCUCAAUUCGUCAGGGCGUGGACUCUACAAGGUGUCGAAUGCGUUCCACAGGGAUGCUGGCCCAUGUUGACUCCUGCUCACAACUGCUUCCCACAGUUGUGUCAAGAUGGCUGGAUGUCCUUUGAGUAGUGGACCAUUCUUGAUACACACAGGAAACUGUUGAGCGUGAAUAACCCAACAGCGUUGCAGUUCUUGACACAAACCGGUGCGCCUGGCACCUACUUCCAUAGCCCGUUCAAAGGCACUUAAAUAUUUAGUCUUGCCCAUUCAACCGCUGAAUGGCACAGAUACACAAUCCAUGUCUCAAAUGUCUCAAGGCAUAGAAAUCCUUCUUUAACCUGUCUCCUCGCCUCCAUAUACACUGAUUGAAGUAGAUUUAACAAGUGACAUCAGCUUUCACCUGGAUUCACCUGGUCAGUCUAUGUCCAUGGAAGGAGCAGGAGUCCUUAAUGUUUUUAUACUCAGUAGAGGACAUUUGUAUUGUAUAUUUCAUUUGGAAUUAUGAAAUAAAUAUUGUGUUGGAACAAUAGGCGAUCAUUGGGGCUCGAUUGAACUCGAUGGAAAAGUGCAAAAGUGUCAACACCGCCCACCCAAUGCAUCGAGCGAGCUCAAUGAAGUGCAGCUUUUUAACCACUUUUCUGUGUAGAUUAACUUUUUCACGGUCACAUUUCUUCAUGUCAAAUAAUCAGGGCAGGGACCACCUAAUUCCAAUACACUUUGUUUAUAUACAAUACAUUCACUGUUUGUGUACAUUUUAGUUGUAUUUUUUUUUCUCAUUUUGCUCAUGAUGUACUAAUAUGAUUUACAGUCUGUACCUCAUCAUACCUUUACUAUCUCACGUUUGAAAAAAAUUAUUAUAUUUUUUUAUGUUUCAUAUUGAUUUGCAGCAAGUGACAUAAAACAUUCAUUUGUAUAUGAGAAAUGGUAUUUUCAAUGUUGAAUGUGAAUAAACAAAAGGGAAAAAUUA